CCACGAUACACUCCACUACACCCUCUCGAGCAACACCAGGAACCAUACCAAAUCCCAAGUAGAGAAGAGCAAGGGCUGCAGCUGGCAAGAAGCUUUGCUCAGAAAUGGAGUUCCUGUCGCAGAUGUGGUCGCUCCUGGGCCUGCUCACCAUCCUGCAGAACGUCCUCCCCACGCAGCUGCUCUCCUUGCUGCACUCGCUGUGGCAGUCGCUCCAAGACUCUCUCACGCCCUACUCCUACUUCGACGUGCCCGAGUUCCUCGGCUCUGCGGCCGUCGAGCCCAACGCGCUCUACCGCCACAUCCAGCUCUACCUCCACCGCUCCCUCCUCCUCUCCUCGCCUCCGCCGCCACGCCUCACGCUCUCGCUGCCGCGCUCCUCCGCCGGCUCCGGCGGCCACGCCCACGGCGCUGCGCCAUCCCCGCCGUCGGUGUCGCUCUCCCCAAACCACUCGGUCGCGGACACCUUCAACGGCCACCGCGCCGUGUGGACGCACCACGCCGACACGCUCCAGGACUCGCUCGAGGAGCGCCGGUCCUUCUCGUUGCGCCUCCCGAAGCGGCACGCCGCGGCGGUGCUCCCGGCGUACCUCGCGCACCUGGCCGACGCGGCGGACCACCUGGAGCGCUCGUCGCGGGCGCGGAGGCUGCACACGAACGCGGCGUCCCCGCGUGGCGCCGCGGCGUGGGCGUCGGUGCCGUUCUGCCACCCGGCCACCUUCGACACGCUCGCGCUCGACCCGGGACUCAAGGCGCGCCUCCUUGCCGACCUCACGGCCUUCUCCCAAGGGAGGGAGUUCUACCGCCGGACAGGCAGGCCGUGGAAGCGCGGCUACCUCUUGCACGGCCCGCCCGGCUCGGGAAAGUCUUCGCUCAUCGCGGCCAUGGCGAACCACCUCCGCUACGACGUGUUCGACCUCGAGCUCACCCGUGUGGCCACCAACGCGGACCUCCGCGCGCUCCUAAUCCAGACCACCAACCGGUCGCUCAUUGUCAUCGAGGACAUCGACUGCUCCCUCCACCUCACUGGCGACCGAGGCCUAGCCUCCGAGAGGCUGCACAAGAGACGCAAGCUCCACGCCGCUUCCUACAACGACGACUCAUCCGACUCGGACGACGACGCCGGUGCCAAUGGCGACGACAACCACCGGGGCAAGGUGACGCUGUCCGGCCUCCUCAACUUCACUGACGGCCUGUGGUCGUGCUGCGGCGAGGAGCGCAUCAUAGUGUUCACGACGAACCACGUGGACGGCAUCGACCCCGCGUUGCUUCGCCCGGGGAGGAUGGACGUCCACGUGCGCCUCGACGCGUGCGGCACGCACGCCAUGCGCGAGCUGGUGCAGCGCUACGUCGGCGUUGGCGACCAUGAGAUGGUCGACGCCGCUGAGGACUCCAUCAGGGGCGGCGCCGAGAUGACGCCGGCCGAGGUCGGAGAGGUGCUUCUUAGGAACAGAGACGAACCGGAGGCGGCGGUGACAGAGCUCGCCGCCGAGCUGAAAGCGAGGAGAAGCGCGGCUGACAAUAUCCAUGAGUGGGACGACUCCGCGGCGGAGCUCUCCGACGGGUCGCCGACCAAGAAGGGGAGGAAGGGGUUGGGAUGGGAGGGCAAGAUCAGGAUCCUGGGAAGGCUGAGAAGCCUCACCAAGUCGGAGUCGGGCCGCCGAUGAGUUAGUUUGACUUUGUUUUAGGUCAGGUCUUCGUCCGAUCCGCAUUUCUGUUUACAUCGGAGGGUUAUCAGCAAAUUAAUCAGACGGUCGAGCAGUCGUUGGACGCCCCCCGCGGAUCUAUUUAAGUC